CCCGCGGGCGGCCGGGGUCCUCGGGAGGCUCGGCGCGGUGGGCGUACGCCUCGGGCCGCCAUUUCUGGGCGUCUCUGGAGGAGCCGCCCCCUCCCCAACCCUCCCGGCGUCUCGCGGGACCGCUCCCCACUCCGUGGGCGGCCGCCGUCCGGGCCCAGUGGCAAAAAUGCUGCGCUUCUUCCGGAGAACUCUUGGUCGUCGGUCUAUGCGUAAACAUGCUGAGAAGGAACGACUCCGGGAAGCUCAGAGAGCUUCUACGCACAUUCCUGCUGCUGGAGAUGCGAAGUCCAUCAUCACGUGUCGUGUGUCCCUUCUGGAUGGAACAGAUGUUAGUGUGGACUUGCCGAAAAAAGCCAAAGGACAGGAGUUGUUUGAUCAGAUUAUGUACCACCUGGACCUGAUUGAAAGUGACUAUUUUGGGCUAAGAUUUAUGGAUUCAGCACAAGUUGCGCAUUGGUUGGAUGGAACAAAGAGCAUCAAAAAGCAAGUAAAAAUUGGUUCACCGUAUUGUCUACAUCUUCGAGUUAAAUUUUAUUCUUCAGAACCAAAUAAUCUCCGUGAAGAGCUAACCCGGUAUUUGUUUGUUCUUCAGUUAAAACAAGAUAUUCUUAGUGGAAAAUUAGAGUGUCCCUUUGAAACAGCUGUUCAGUUGGCAGCUUAUAACCUGCAAGCUGAACUUGGUGACUUUGAUCUUGCUGAGCACAGUCCUGAACUUGUAUCUGAGUUCAGGUUUGUGCCCAUUCAGACUGAAGAGAUGGAGCUUGCCAUUUUUGAGAAAUGGAAGGAAUACAGAGGUCAGACACCAGCACAAGCUGAAACCAAUUAUCUGAAUAAAGCCAAAUGGUUAGAAAUGUAUGGGGUUGAUAUGCAUGUGGUUAAGGCUAGAGAUGGGAAUGACUAUAGCUUGGGACUGACCCCUACAGGAGUUCUUGUUUUUGAGGGCGAGACCAAGAUUGGCUUAUUUUUUUGGCCCAAGAUAACCAGAUUGGAUUUUAAGAAGAAUAAAUUGACUCUGGUGGUUGUGGAAGAUGAUGAUCAGGGCAAAGAGCAAGAGCAUACAUUUGUUUUUAGACUGGAACAUCCCAAAGCAUGUAAACACUUGUGGAAAUGUGCUGUGGAACAUCAUGCCUUUUUCCGUCUCCGAGGUCCUGUCCAAAAGAGUAAUCAGCGAUCAGGAUUUAUUCGAUUGGGAUCCCGAUUUAGAUACAGUGGGAAAACUGAGUAUCAGACUACAAAAACUAGUAAAGCAAGAAGAUCUGCAUCUUUUGAAAGAAGACCCAGCAAACGAUAUUCCCGGCGAACUCUGCAAAUGAAAGCAAGUACAUCAAAACCAGAAGAACUCAGUAUUCACAAUAAUAUUUCAUCCCAGACAAAUGGCUCCCAGCAGGCUUGGGGUAUGAGAACCACUCUGCCUGUGAGUCCUGUUCCCUCUGGUCCUGUGCUCGUGGAGAUAGAGAAUCUUCAGAGGAGUCCUGGUCCAGAUCACAACAAGAAAUGGCUCUCUGCUGCCAGUGACUGCUGUCAACAUGGUGGAAACCAGUGGAACACGAGGGCUUUGUCCCCACCUCAGCCUGCAUAUAGGAACUACACUGACUUUGUCCAUGAGCACAAUGUGAAGAAUGCAGGAGUCCAUCAUGAUGUUCAUUUCCCUGGCCCUGCAGCCAUGACUGAGAUAUGAGUGUUAAACCGCUUAGGCAUUGGGAGGACUUUGUCAUGAGAGUGGAUGGUGUACAAAUUGGUGAUACAUAUUUCUAGUGUUUAAAGAGGAUUGAUGAAGUUAGGCAAAUUUGGAAGGAGUUAUUUUAUAUCAAGUAUCUAGAUAUGUAGUGUUAGAUCAGAAGAAGCUAUGUAUCAUCAAUAAUAAUGGCAGUUUUGUGUUGAGAAGGGUAUGUAUUUUUGUAAUCAUGGGAAGGUUUUACAUGAUUAUAACAUGUUAACAAAUCACUCAGAAGAGGCCUUAGGAGGCUUGUGUUUGUGAACAAGCAGCCCAUCAUCUCUGUAGUCCAUGACAUACAACUAGGUUGAAGUUAAAGAUCAGCCAACUAAAAGCCCACUCACAAGUGUAUUCCAGGCUUAAAUUAGCCUACCUUUUAUAUUAAUAUGAAACUACUUUUACAUGUUGUUUUUAAUAUUUCCAACUAGUGAUUCAUGCCUUAAUUUCAGUUAAGUGCCUGAGAUUCUGUCAUUUUAAUUAAUUUAAAACUUGAUACACUUCAUUUUUAAUAAUCGCAAAUGUUUUAAAUUUACAAAAGAUGUCAAAAUCAUAUUGUUAAUGUGAUUUAUAUGAAUCACAUUAUUUAUGGCUCAGUCUGAAUGUUUACUUGUACAUGUUUAACUGAUUAACCAAUAGUUAAUUAAAUGGUUACAUUUCUACUAAAGGGUUUUACAAAAUGGAAAAUGUACUCAUUUUUGUUUAUUCGCUCUUUUCUUUUCUCUUGCAUAUUGUGCACCUGAUAGAUUUCCCAAGUAUUCAACAGCCUUAUAAUUUGACCUUGUGUAAACUUUUAAAAUAAAAUUUUGAAGCCAAAUAAUGUUAUUUUAAAAUAUUAUCAUAUUUGGUGCUUUAUGAUAUUUAGAAUGUAAUUAUCCACUUUUGGGGGGUUUAUUUCAGAUUAACUGGAAAACUUACAUUUCUGGUUUUAUGCAAGGUGUUGCAAAGGAAGCAUUUUCUUUUAAAAGAAAAUUUUAACAAAUAUUUCAAACUUUCAAAACAUAUAUGUAGUGAUUUGAAGGUAUUUGGUAGUCUGAGAAUUUGUAAUACUUCAUUAUAGACAACUGCUGACCUUGCAGCUCAGUCUUAGCCUUCUCUACCAAACAGAUGUUCCACGGGACUUUAUUACUGUACUGCUAAUUGCAAAUGUAAUAUUUUGUCAAAUGAAGAUAUAAGCAUAAUUAAAUAGUAUUUAUCAAAUGAGAUUUAUAGCCGGGUUUCCGUCCAAGUUUAUCUUAUAAGGGGAUGUACACUUAUUCAUUAAUACAUCUAAGUAGCCCAAAUUACUAUCUCAGUACAUCGUUUAGAGUGCCCCAAAAUGGCCACUUUUGUUCUUCUUAGUUGUUUUAGACAUUUUGUACCUGAGAUUAUACUUGUCGUUUAUUAUUGGCAGCAGUUUCUUAAAGGAAUUUGAAUCAUACCAUUUCAAAACAUAGAAAUUUAUUUAUUCCAGGGGCUGGAGAGAUAGCACAGCGGGUAGGGCGUUUGCCUUGCACGCGGCCGACCCGGGUUCGAUUCCCAGCAUCCCAUAUGGUCCCCUGAGCACGGCCAGGGGUAAUUCCUGAGUGCAGAGCCAGGAGUAACCCCUGUGCAUUGCCAGGCGUGACCCAAAAAAAAGCAAAAAAAAAAAAAAAAAAGAAAUUUAUUUAUUCCAUUUAAGAAAAGUUCAUGGACGUGAAGAUGACCAGGAACCUACUAGAAAUCCAAGAAGGAUAUUAACAAAGCUUACCUGCUAUUUUGGAAUGUCCUGUGAUUUAACUUUUUUCAUAUUAACAUUAAUCUUGACUUGUGAAGAUCAGAUUGCUAAUAGAAGGCUUCAAUGUAUCUUUAGUGGAAUUAAACUAGGAAAUACGGAAUAAUUGUAAUUGAAGAGUAAAAUCUUAACUUUAUAUAAAAGUAGUAAUUUUUAUAUUUAGAAUUUGAGUUCACCAGUGCUAUGACAUUUAAGUAAUGCAAGAAAGAUAUCAUGAGACUUUUUUUCCUUGAGAACCUUGCUGUAGGUUUUAGUUUAAUUCCUGAUUGUACACACUAGGUUGGAGGGAUGAUUGGGGAAAAAAGGCAGCAAAAAGGAGUUAGGGAAGUAAAGGGCUAAGACUGAAUGGUGGUAGAUUAAAAUUUGUCUGUUUUAUAAAGUUUUUAUAUUUUCUAGGAUUUUAUAUUAAAGGCUAUGAAUAUUCUUGCUAAUAUUUUCAUGAUGGAUAAGCUUGUUACCUUAGCUGUGAAGCUUUUAAUGAAGGUUUAAUGAAGGCUUGAAAUUACUAAGAUUGUGAGCGAUAUAUUCUGCAUUGUAUAUGCUUUAAGAGUCAACACAUUCUGGUUUUAAAAACUAAUAUCCUUCAUAACAGCCCUAUAUGGACAUUAUCCUGUCGAUCAGGGAAGCGAUCAGCACAGAACUCUAUUUAUGUUGUUUAACCUCAGUGCUUUGGCUAGAUUAACAUAAUUAAUGUUAAUGUAAUAAAAAUACCUCAAAGCCAUUUCCUAGUUCUUGAGUAUAAACUAA